AAGUUCAUUUAGCAGCCCUUAGCUCCAGUUCUCCUGGAGUGACCUUUGAUCCAGUUCUUUUUGUUUUAAAGCCUAGGCUUGGAAUCUGAUUAGACAUAACCGGACUGAACAGAGGAAAAGAUGUGGACGACUUCUGUGUUGCCCAAAGUCUUGACUUUGGGGGUCCUGGGCCUCCUGAUUCAAGCCUCAGGGUAUAAUGCUGAUGACCUCAUCAGGACAACUGAAUCUGGACAGAUCCAAGGAAGUAAAAUCAGUAUCAAAGGGAUUGACAAAGAUGUCAAUAUUUUCCUAGGAAUCCCUUUUGCCAAACCCCCUGUGGGGGCCCUGAGGUUUUCUCCUCCACAACCACCAGAUUCUUGGAGCAAUGUGAGAGAUGCAACUUCUCAUCCACCUAUAUGUUUGCAGGAUGUCACUAUCCUAGAAAAAGUUUCCAAAAUUGCGAAAAUAAACAUCCCUACUACUGCCAAUUCUGAAGACUGUUUGUACCUCAAUAUCUAUGUUCCUGACCAUGCAGAGGAGGGGAACAAAUUGCCAGUGAUGGUGUGGAUCCAUGGUGGUGGUCUCGUUUUUGGCUCUGCUUCCAUGUAUGAUGGUUCAAUAUUGUCUGCUUCCCAGAAUGUAAUAGUGGUCACCAUUCAGUAUAGACUGAACAUCCUUGGAUUCUUCAGCACUGGGGAUGAGUAUGCACCUGGCAACUGGGGCUACCUGGAUCAGGUAGCUGCCCUGAAGUGGGUCCAGAAGAAUAUUGCUCACUUUGGAGGAGAUCCUAAUCGUGUGACCAUUUUUGGCGAGUCUGCUGGAGGAACUAGCGUUUCUUCACAUGUUCUGUCUCCCAUGUCCAAAGGGUUGUUCCACAGGGCAAUCAUGCAGAGUGGUGUGGCCAUCCUCCAUGGCUUGAUUUCUUCCAGCUCAGAAAUGGUUGCAAAUGUCAUUGCCAAUCUGUCUGCUUGUGAGAGGUACAGUUCUGCUUCCAUGGUUCAGUGCCUUAGGAGAAAAUCUGAAGGGGAGAUUCUGGCCAUUGGCAAGCAUUUCAAGAUAAUCCCUGGUGUAGUUGAUGGACAAUUCUUCCCCCAACAUCCUGAAGAGUUGCUGGCUGCAGGAAAGUUCCACCAGGUCCCCUCCAUCAUUGGCAUCAACAACCAUGAAUAUGGCUGGGUCAUUCCUGCUGGAAUGAACGUACCUGGAUUUAAGGAAAAUAUAGAUAAAGAAAGUAUCCUAUCGUCAUUGCAAAGUCCAUUGUGGGGUAUUCCUCCUGAGCUUGGGCAUCUGAUGAUUGAAGAGUAUAUAAGAAAUACUGAGGACCCUGGAGAACAUCGAGCUCAAUUUCAGGAAAUGUUGGGAGAUUUGACUUUUGUCAUCCCUGCCCUCAAAGUUGCCAAGUAUCAACAUGGUCCCAGCUCUCCGGUCUACUUCUAUGAAUUUCAGCACCGAUCAAGCAUAUUUAAGGAUGUCAGGCCGGAUUAUGUGAAAGCAGACCAUGGUGAUGAGCUGCAGUUUGUCUUUGGAGCUCCUUUUCUAGGUGAGGCAACAGAAGACGAAAAACUCCUGAGCCACAAGAUAAUGAGCUACUGGGCAAAUUUUGCCUAUCAUGGGGAUCCAAAUGGUGCAGACCUUUUGCACUGGCCAGUCUAUGACCAGAAGGAAGAGUAUCUGCAGCUGAAUUUGCAGCUGUCUGUGGGAAAGAGCCUGAAGGCAGAUAAACUGGAGUUCUGGACUAAGACUGUGCCUCAGAAGCUGAAGGAAAUGCAGUUCGAGAAAGCUCGGGUGGAGUUGUGAUCUUUAAAAAUAACCAUCUUUGUAAAUGUUGCAGAUUAAUAAAUCAAUCAUUUCUUUUAAGUAGUUCCUCAGUUUCAACUAAAAUUUUGAAUAAAAUAGUUUUGAAUAAAA